CGUUUGUCAAGCUCGAUUCAAUACAAAGAGGAAAGAACACCAACGGCAACAUUGGUGAAAGUCUUCGAGUUACACACAUUAUACCUCUGGUGUGAAGGCAAAGCAAAAAAAAAUUCAUUCGAAUUGUGUGGCUCAAUCAUGGCGAACAGUACGUGGCACGUCUACGGUACCAUUUUCGUGUAUUUAUUUAUGUGUUUCGUGUGUCAAAAUGUGAUAACACAAUCAGAUAGUCGACCGUGGUACGAGUCCCUUCCGGCUGUUGCAAUGGACUACAAAGUGCACAUCGAUGCGGGCAAAGAGGACUGUUAUUAUCAAUACGUACAGCCGGGUGCAACAUUUUAUGUCAGCUUUCAGGUGAUCCGCGGCGGUGACGGCAUGGCUGGAUUUGCCGUACGCCAUCCAAGUGGUCAAAUAGUCCAUCCAUACCAAUGGCAAGCGAAUUCCGAAUAUACGGAUCAAACGUCCACUGGCGGCUACUAUGGCGUUUGCAUCGACAAUCAAUUUUCGAGAUUUGCCGGUAAACUGGUGAACAUGUACAUAACUGUGAUAAAGUACGAAGAAUGGGACAAAUAUGCGAAGGAAAUCGAGGCCCUCCAGUUGGACAUGCAGAAUUUUACGUCGGUUGUGCAUGUGGUCGAGAAGAACAUCAACGAUAUGCUGCAAUUCCAAUCGUACAGUCGCAGCCGGGAAUCGAGAGACAUGGCUCUGUUGUUGGACAACAAUUCGUACAUUCAAAAUUGGUCACUCACUCAGAUAGCGGUCAUCAUAUUGACGUGUACCGUUCAGGUGUACUUUGUCCGGAAAUUGUUCGACAUUAAGUCCGGCAGUAGUCGAAGUCGAAUUUAGAGACGUGGAUGGGUUUGAUUGUCCCACAAAGAUUUCUCGUUUUUUUUUGUACUUAUAUGCAUUUUGAUGUUGAGAUUCUGUUGAUUUUGCAAGUCUUUUUUUAUUACUAGAGUAUGAGAUCUAACGGUUCUGCUGUUGCACAAAACAACCGGAAAAAAAUUAUUUUUCGAUUCUAAUUGUAACGUUAAUUUAUUGAUGGAAAAUUCGUCCAAAUAAACCUGUUGAAUGGAUCAAAGUUUUAUAAA